UGUCUGAGAGAAAAGCGAGCGAACUUCUAGAAUGGCGAGCAACAGGUCGUUUACUGGAAUUGAAAGCCAACCAGGCAGGUCACAACCACAGUAUGACCAACGUGCUGUAACCGAAGCAGCACAACAUUUAAUGUCCUUGGUGGCCAGAGUAAUCCCUGAGGAAAAUACAAGACAGGGUCAGACUCAGAGCCAGAUCCAGCAGUCAGUAAGACCUACUGUGGAACAUGAAAUGACUAGAUCUUUUCCUGGAUUUUUUAGAAAUACUGGCAAAAAUAAAAGACAUCUUGCCAGAAGUCAAAGGCCAACAGUACCAGCAAAAGUGCAGAAAACGUUUGAUUGUUCUGUGUCUUUGCUGGGCUCUAAAUCUGAUACAACCCCGUCUAUAUCUGAAGAGCUGGAGCUCAUGCAAGCAGGGCUAGGAAAGAGGACCCUGUCCUUGACAUCAGAUACAACACAUGCAGAGUUAUCAAGUUUGCUGCGGGAAGCGUACUCAAAGAUGAAUGAUUUGGAAGACAGGUGGCUUCUUUUCAAAGCUGCAGGUGGGAAUGGAAGGAGAAGAAUAUCUGUAAUACCAUUGGAGGCAGAGGGGUAUACAGGAUCAGUGAUCAAAAGUGCUUCUAGUGGUGGGAAGAACUUGCUGUACGUCGUGCCGUUGCAGGAUGAGCUUGACAUGACACCACUGCCACCAGAUGCACCUGAAUUUGCCCGAAUGCCAAAGGCAACUUGUAAAAAAUGCAAGACUCUGAUGCCACUUCAGACACUGGCUUUGCAUGUUGACCAGUGUGACAGCAUGCACAACUCAGAAAACUCUGAAAUUGAGGGAAAAAUGAGGGAAUAA